UCAAUAUGCAACACUAACCUUAUCAUCGGCUCAGCUCAGCUGAAUGUUUAAUGUAUUAUCGUGAUCUUGUGAAUGCGUAGUUAUUUUGUGUUUAUUUUUAAACCAACAAAUAUCUAGACAAAAUGGCAACAGGCGUACAACCUCGUGACGAGGAACUGCAAUUUACCCGGUCUGAUCUAGAAAAUAUACAAGACGCCAUGAAGAAUAAGAAAUUUCGAGAAAUGCUAGCGGAGUACGCUGAUGAAGUACGUGACCCGGCGAAUCAAGCACUUUACCAGAAGGAAAUGACCCAGCUAGAGAAAGAGCGAGGUUAUGAUGUAACCUUUAUUAAUCCGAAGGGCGGGUAUGUUAUCAAAACAAGCGUCGCUGGCGACCGGAAAGCGUUCGUUAAUAUUUGUAGCAAUGAUUAUGUCGGCAAACCUUCCUGCAGCGUUCAAGAGGUUGAUAACCAAAGAGGUAUGAAUUGGCAAAUACCAUACACUAUAAUCCCUCCCAGGGAAGAUUAUGAUCACAAAAAACAGAGAUGUGUCAUUUACGAUGUAGUUUUCCACCCAGACACAUUGCGCAUGGCAGAGGUUAACAAAAGGUUCCGUGAACUGGUCAACAAGACUGCAUUGGAUGGCUUGAUGAAAACAUACAACAUUCACCUAGACAACAACAAUUUACGUUUUCCUAAGUCAUUAUAUAAGGGAAUGACUACCCCAGCUAUUAUUCGGAAAGAGGAUCCAGAUUUUAAGGGUAUUCCCUUAGAUGAUGAAGAGGGAGGGGAACCUUUAUCUCCUGAAGUAUUGGAGAAGUUAUAUCCUCAACGCACAUUCCCGGCAGCAUCUAAAUCAGAAGAAAUUAAAAGUGUUAGUAAGUCUAAACCUAAAGCUAGAUCUAAAAAAGAAUUUACUCAUGAAACUAUCAAUGGAUACACUAUACCCAAGUACAUUAUCAAACAACAGAAGAAUGUUGACAUGCAAGAAUUCACUUAUGACAAAAACAGUAAACAGUACACUGCUAUACCCAGCCAAAUAGUGGUUGAAAUUUAUCUUCCUCUACUGUCCUCCACUAAAGAUUGUAUUUUAGAUGUUAAGGAAAAAUCACUGAGUUUAUCUUGUGAAAAACCAGCUAAAUACAAACUUGCCAUAACUCUUCCAUAUGCAGUUAAUGAUGAGAAUGGAAGUGCUAAGUUUGAUAAAACAAAACACAUGCUUAUUGUCACAUUGCCUGUAGUCAGAGAAAAUAUGAAGAAAGAUAGUAGUAAGGCAGACAGUGGAGUAGAAAGUGAAGAAAAUUUAAGUUCUCAAAGUGAUGAUGACCAGAGAGAUAACUUAGUUGAAGAAUUAUCAUCUACUGUUGCAGAGACUGCUAUAAGCCCUCCUACUCAACAACUAGAACAUAAAUCAUCUGAAGAAAUAUUCUUAGACCCUUCUUAUGGAUACAUUUUACCAUCAUACACACAUAAUGUUCUUGAUGAUAUUGUUGCUUUUACUUUCCAUGUUAAAAACACUGAGCCGGACUCUGUUAAAGUGAUGAGUGAAGGCAAUAAGGUGUACAUCAAAUUUACUACAGUAGGAUCAGGAUUUGUACCAGUUCAUUAUGCAGCACUUAUAGUAUUUGAUGAGGUAAUUAGAUUUGAAGAUGCUACUGGGGAACCCUGGGAUAACAAUGUUAUUCUACAGUUAGAAGUGUCUGGCAACCUGCCUGAAAAAUUCCAAAUAGGUUUGAGUGAUGCUUCUCUAACCAGUGAAUACUUUGACAUGUCCCAAGUGAAAAAGCCUUCCUGUGACCAAUCAACUUUAAGUCAGAAACUGCCUCAAGAUGAGAUUUCUUUACCUGUUGUUGAAGUAACCAAUUUGGGCUCCGAAACAAACAUAGUAGUGUCCUCAAAUAUUGAAAAUGAGGACAGUGAUGAUGUUGAAUCACCCAGAUGUCCUAAAGAGAAAGAAAUUGUAUGGGUGGACUCGGGAAUGAAUGAGACUGGAGCCAAGAGUAUACUGAGGAAACCAAUGCACAUGAUGAGAAGCUUUUCAGAGUCUAGUGUGGGAGAUGUUGCUUCUUCAAUGGAUUAUGUUAGCUCUGACUGUAUUCCUGAAGAAUCCAGCUUAAAAAAGACUGUUAGAUUCAAUGAUGUUAUUGCAAAACAAUUUUAUAGGUAUAACUCAUCUAUUGAAGGGCAGAAGAAAAAGAAUCAAAGGAAAAAGAGUAAAAAACGUACCCAAGAUAGGUGCAAGAGUGAAAGUGAGGCGGAAGAUGAUAUCAAUAACUCACCUCAGAUUCCUAAAUCGAAACCAAAGUCAACUUUAAAACAGCGGCGUGACAGCGGUCUCGCAGACACUUCUGAUGUUGAAAGCGAAUGCCGAGGCACUCCAACUGGCAGAGGCAUCCCCAGCGAACGGAAGGACGACGGCAUCGACACAGACACGUCGGAUGGAAGUACCCCAUCAUCUGUAUUUGACAUUUACAACAAAAACAACUCGAGGAAAUCAGAACCCGUUAUAUGGAAAUCGGAAGAUGAAGACAACGAGUCAAAAUCAGGGGAAGCAAAAGCCUCUGAACCCAAAACCUGUGAUAAUAUUAAACAUAACACUGAUCUCUAUGAUCCAGAUAAACUGAACAAGGGCCAGUACCAAGAAGUAAUGUUCAAAAACGAUCUCAUAUUUGAUUUGGACAUGUGAGUGCUGUCGUUUCUUAUGUAUUUCACACACUGAAUGCUAUACAAAUGUCUGAUGUCCCAGUUUUAGUUUAUUAACUUAGUCUGCAUAGUAUUUUAGAUAUUAAUUUGGAAUUAGUCCCAGUUUUAAUUUAGUUCCUAUGAGUGUAGCUAUUUUAGUUGUCUUUCGAGUUUGCUAAGUUUAUGGCAACGGUUCACAAUAACAUCCAAGUAUGGUCAAUUACAAAAACAUUGUAUAUAAAAAGAUUAGGUAUACAACCGUCGUAAAUUAUAAUAAUUAUGUAUGUAUUCAAAAUAUAGUACAAAAUGUUACAGUUUGUACGUGUAUUCAUAAAUAAAUAUUCAAAACUAAUUGUAAAAGGCAAUAAUUAAGUUUACGACCCUACACUUUUUGUUGCAUUUGUAUGAUGGUGUUUGCAUGAUAAUGAUAACUUACAAGACCUACUUAAGAGUUAGAAUGGGAUGUAUUGACCGCCAAGGACUUCAACUGACGCGCGCGGCUGCAGCCCAAUAUCAACCUUCGUGCAUUCAGACAAGGUUCAAGAUGAUGCGGCGCACACAAUAAGCGUGGCAUUCAAGGGUUAAUAUAACCUUGAUAGAUAUUUGCUGUUUGCCACCGUCAUGCAAUACUAUACGAAUAACAAACGAAAUAAAAUGACAUCUAGUGAUCUAGGUUUAUAGAAAUAUUUUUAGAUAAUUUUCAUUGUGCUCAUUUUAGACAAUAUUUAAAUAUUGGGUAGUUGAAAUGCAUUUAAAUGGUACAAAAUAGACUAACUGGUAUUAUUGGCUAAGAUUUAAUUGAAAUAACAAUGUCCUGUAGCUUCAGUUUUGGCAAAGAGAAUUAAGUAGACAUAGAGUGCUCACUCCAUACAUCAGUUUUGUUACCAAAAAAGACUAUUAUUUUCGUAGUCGUCAAGUAGCGGAAUUAUCAGUACUGCUACUCGACAAUAGAUGUAGCGACGAACGGAAAGUCUAAUGCUCAACGAUUUUCAGCUAAUAAUAAUCGGAUUAACUGGAACUCUAUUUUCACAUUCUUCUGCUUAUAAUAUUAGUUGUAAAUUGUUGAGCAAUACACUUUUCGUCAGUCGCGACACAAGUGACAUCUAGUGUCGAGUAGCAGUACUCCCGCUACUUGACGCUAGAUGUUGACUACGAAAAUAGUAGUCUUUUUGGUAACAAAACUGAUGUAUGGAGUGAGCACUCUAUGUCUACUUAAGUCUCUUUGGUUUUAUAUAUAACGCACAGUGAUGGUAGAAUGAAUAGGAGUAAGAAUGUAAAGCAGGCACAUAUAACAAUAAAACACUUUUUUUGGCAGUUGAUGUUGAUUUGUGCUACAGUCAAAUGCAUGAAUAUGGGGCUACUCAAGAUAGCGGUAUGCCAAAAAACGCUGCAAAUUGUGUUAAAAGCAUGAAAAUCGGUACGAUUGAUCUUAAGGCAAUUUUAAUCAAUUUGACCCGUAGAACGAAAAAAAGGAGAGGAGUUAUGACUUCAUCUUUUUUUGUAAUGAGGAAAAACAUUUUUUGUUUUCUGUUCAAAAACCUAUCGUGUAUGGUAUCAAAUGAAAGGGAUUUUUAAGCCGAGGUUGUAGGACUAAGACCAUUAUGACAUGUUAUAACAAGUUGGCAUUUUUAGCAAGAAGAUUAAAAUUGAAAUAACAGCGUGCCUAGCCAAGAUGCUAAUCGCACUGCAUAGAAACUUAAAUCCCCAUUAAGUUUUCUUUUAAGCUAGGAACUUUAAACUUGGUAAAAGAGGGCAUUACCUAUAUUAAAAUAGACGAAAACUGAUUUCACCGUUUUUGAUAAUUCAUUCCCUAAGUUGGUUGGUGUCACUUUUACUAUGGGACCAACCACGAAAUACCCUCCCAUAGAAUAUGGACCGGCCAAAAUGUAUGAUGUAUGAAUGCCAAUUUUUUUUGUUUCGCGAUUAAAGUUAAGUGUUUAAAGAUAUAUGUAUAAAUUCAGUCACAUACUGUUGAGCAAAGCAAAGUAAUGCAAUAAAUUAUUGUUAGUAAGGUCACCUUCAGGGACUUCAGGCCCUACUGCCUAAAAGUUUGUAAUACUAUGCAAUGUUUGUCAGGUAUUUCUGCUGUUGACUUUACUUGUUUCUUAUACUGUUUGAAAAAAUAUGUGCUAAUCGUACAAUUUUAUUAUGAUAGUAAUCUGGAACUUAAAAUUGCUCAUAAUAUUUUGUUUGCAUCUUGACUUUAUCACAAAGUAGCUGAUUGAAAUAAUAUUAUAAUGUAACAUCGACAAUUCGACACCCAGUUUUAUAAAAAAAAUGCUGUUAGAAGAUAAAAAAGAGUAACUUACAAAACGAUGCGUUGCUAGAUUUUGUACACUUAAAAAUAUUAACCAGUGUAAAACAUAUACACACACAUAUGUGUAUGUACAGUACUUAGUGCAAGUUGUACUGUAUUCUGCCGCGCUUAGGAUAGGUUUGUGCAGUAAAUUUGAAAUCAAUUAUGACUGCAUCGUCCGUCCAGUGGCGCCCUCAUUGGGGAAUUGUGUUUUCUAAUAAACCAGUUAAUUUCUGAAUAAAUCAGUAUUUUUAGGGUUCCGUAGCCAAAUGGCAAAAAGCGGAACCCUUAUAGAUUCGUCAUGUCUGUCUGUCUGUCUGUCCGUCCGUAUGUCACAGCCACUUUUCUCUGAAACUAUAAGAACUAUACUGUUGAAACUUGGUAAGUAGAUGUAUUCUGUGAACCGCAUUAAGAUUUUCACACACAAAAAAAAAAUAAACAAUAAAUUUUGGGGGCUUCCCAUACUUGGAACUGAAACUCGAAAAUGUUUUUUUCAUCAAACCCAUACGUGUGGGGUAUCUUUGGAUAGGUCUACAAAAAUGAUAUUGAGGUUUCUAAUAUCAUUUUUUUCUAAACUGAAUAGUUUGCGCGAGAGACACUUCCAAAGUGGUAAAAUGUGUGUCCCCCCCUGUCACUUCUAAAAU